AUCCCUCGUACGGAGUUCUCCUCGCAGAAGAGGAACUCCCAAGUCCUUUACCCCCCUUUCACCACCGUCGGCGUCUUCUUUCUCGUUUCUCCUGGUUCUGUCGGUCACUCUCGCGCUUUUCAUUCCCAAGUUCUAGCUCGUAAAUACUGCGGUGCCGUUGGAUCUGAGUGUGCCCUGUCGCUUGCCCAAUUCAAAGUUCCCACACACUGGGAAGUGAUAGCUGGGCUGAAUUCUCCGUUUUGUUUCCUUUGACGUUUCGAUUUGGUAGCGAAGGCAUUGGAGUUUCGAAUUGGGUCGGAAAUCAGGGUUUGUUUUUCUUUCCUAGUCUGGCGGAUAAGAAGGAGCAAGUGUCCCCUUGAAAGCUCGUGACUUGGUUAUUUAUUUAUUUGUUCUUCGUGUGGAUAGAAUUUUGUGAUUAGGGUUUUGAAGGGGCCAAAUCUGCGGCCUUCAGAUACUUGGAAUUGGUACUUUGGUGGUCUCUUUAGGUUGAAGAGAGUGGGUGUGGUCUUGGCGGGAUUAAACAGGAGGAAUCGGGGCUGCUGAUGCCAUUUGUGGAUUGGCAAUUGGGUGGAAUUUUUUCGGUGAAAUUUUUUGAUAUACCGAAAAGGUUUGAGCAGUGUCAUGUCUUGGGCAGGCCCUGAAGAUGUCUAUCUAUCUACUUCCCUUGCCAGCUAUCUUGACAAAAAACUUCUUGUGUUGCUGAGGGAUGGACGGAAGCUCAUGGGGAUACUUCGUUCGUUUGACCAAUUUGCAAAUGCUGUUCUUGAAGGUGCAUGUGAGAGAGUCAUUGUUGGUGACCUAUAUUGUGACAUUCCUUUAGGUCUCUAUAUAAUUCGUGGGGAGAAUGUUGUUUUAAUUGGCGAGCUGGACUUAGAGAAAGAGGAACUCCCCCCGCAUAUGACUCGUGUCCCAGUACCAGAGAUUAGAAGGGCACAGAAGGCUGAACAGGAAGCUUCGGACCUCAAAGGCACCAUGAGGAAAAGAAUGGAAUUCUUGGAUCUGGAUUGACGUAUGCUGAGGAUCGAUUGGUUUUUUUCUCAUCGGCUACAGCCAUGUCCGCAAAGUUUUUUGAUCGCGGAAAUUGGGUUUACAAGGCUGUUCUCUCUCUCUCUCUCUGUGGGGGACAGAUGACUCUGCAUUCAAAAGUUUGGUAUGUGUUGUGAUUGCGAUUUGAUUGUAGAAUGAUCAUUUCCCAUAAAAAGGGCUUACGCUUGAGAACUUGAAGUCUGAAACUUUGGUGGUAUUCAAGUGA